AUGAGGACUGUUGCUGUGAUAGGGGCCGGGGCCAGCGGCAUCACGGCAAUCAAAUGCGCUCUAGAUGAGGGACUGGAACCUACAUGCUUCGAAAGAACGGACGACAUUGGUGGAUUAUGGAACUACACGGAGGCUGUGAGGUCAGGUCAGGCAUGCGUGAUGAAAUCAACGGUUAUCAACACUAGCAAAGAGAUGAUGUCUUACAGCGACUUCCCCAUCCCAAAGGAAUACCCCAUGUUCCUCCAUAACACUCACGUCAAAAGCUACUUUGAUGAAUAUGUGGAACACUUUAAUAUAAAGAAAUAUAUAAGGUUCCAAACAGAGGUGUUGAUGGUCAAACCUACGUCCGACUUUUAUAAGACCGGACAGUGGUCUAUAAAAGUAAAGGACAUGGCUUCAGGUAAAGAGGAAGAGACAGUCUUCGACGCCGUCCUUGUUUGCACAGGUCACCAUGCCCACGAGAACAUGCCUAAUUUUCCUGGUCUGAAGGAGUUCCAGGGCACUGCCAUCCACUCGCAUACUUACAAGAGCAGUCAGGGAUACGAGGGAAAGUCCGUCGUGGUGGUAGGCAUCGGCAACUCUGGUGGGGACGCCGCUGUGGAGCUCAGUCGUGUAGCAUCCCAGUUGUACCUAUCUACCAGAAGAGGAAGCUGGGUGUUUUCACGUAUGGGCGGGUCCGGCAUGCCAGUAGACAUGAUAGUCGUACAGAGAUGGUUGGAUGUUGUCAUUAACCUGCUUCCCGUCAGUGUUGUCACGUGGAUGAUGAAAACAUGGCUAAACAAACGCAUUGAUCACAAAUCCUACGGCCUUGAGCCUGAUCACAGCCCUUUGGCCCAACAUCCAACGGCAAAUGAUGAACUUCCAAACCGUCUAUCGUGUGGGUCAAUCAUCAUUAAACCUAACAUCAAACGCUUUACGCGCACCGGCGUUAUAUUUGAAGACGACAGUCACGUGGAUAACCUUGAUCACGUCAUACUCGCCACGGGCUAUGUGUUUGGAUUUCCUUUCAUUCAUAAAUCCGUACUGGAUGUAAAGGAUAACCAGAUCCAAAUGUACAAAUACAUGUUUCCUCCCGAUCAGGUCAGACACACGCUAGCUGUGAUAGGCUGCUUCCAACCUAUUGGAGCCCUCAUGCCAAUCUCAGAAAUGCAGUGUCGACUAGCCACACGUGUUUUCAAGGGCGAUGUCACGUUGCCUCCUAAGGAAGAAAUGUGGGAUGAAAUCAAGAUGAAGAGGGACAUGAUGGCAUCUCGUUAUGUUAAGUCAGCCCGCCACACAAUACAAGUGGAUUUCAUCAACUACAUGGAUCAGUUGGCCACUCUCAACGGCAACCGACCAAACUUUCUUAAAUUGAUGUUGACCGAUCCCGUUUUGGCGUUCAAGUGUUUUUUUGGCCCAUGCUCACCCUACCAGUACCGUCUUCAGGGUUCUAGAACCUGGCCUGGAGCUCGCAAAGCCAUCUUGUCCCAAUGGGACAACGCCGUAUCCGCUCUCCGCACACGGGCAAUGGGGGGCAAGCAAAACGAGACCGGAGUCAUGAUGUACCUUGUUCUCAUUGCAGUGUUGAUAAUAGCAUACCUGUAUCGUUUUUUUCUGAUGUGA